AAAGUCACAGAAUGGGUCAGGUUGGAAGGGAGUUAUCUGGUCUGACCACCCCACUCAAGCGUGUCAUCCUACAGCACAUUGCAGAGUUUUGUCUCCAGGUGGUUCUUGAAUCUCCCCAGGGAUGGAGACUCCACAGCCUCUCUGGGCAAUCUGUUCCAGUGCUCGGUUACCCACACAGUAAAGAAAUUUUUCCUCAUGUUCAGAAGAAGCUUCCCUGUGAAUCAGUUUCUGCCCGUUGCCUCUUGUCCUAUUGCUGGGGACCACUAAGCAGAGCCUGGCAUCUCCCUUCAGAUACUGACAGACAUUGCUGAGGUCCCCUCUCAGUCACCUCUUCUGGAGGCUGAACAGGCCCAGCUCCCUCAGCCUUUCCUCAUGAGAGAUGUUCCAGUCCCUCAAUCAUCUUUGUAGCCCUCCACUGGACCUGCUCCAGGUGUUGCACAUCUCUCUUGUCCUGAGAAGCCCAGAACUGGACACAGCACUCCAGAUGUUCCUCACCAGGGCAGAGCAGAAGGACAGGAUCACCUCCUGUGAGCUGCUGGCGAUGCUUUUCCUAAUGCAGGAUAUCUUUGGCCUUCUUGGCCACAAGGACACACUGCUGGCUCAUGAGCAGCUUGUUGUCCACCAGGGCCCCGAGGUCCUUCUCCUCAGAGCUGCUUCCCAGCAGAUCAGCCCCCAGCUUGUGCUGGUCCAUGGAGUUAUUCCAGUCUUGUUUUCCAGUCCACAAUGUGGGAUAAAAAGAUCUUUUCUCCCUAGUCUUAAUUUGAAGAAAAUAAUGGCAGUAGAAAUUACCACCUUACUUAGUUUUACAACACUUCAAGUGAAAGCCUUGAUUAGCCUCCAGAUACAAUUUUUGUUGAGAAAAAGACUAAAAAAAUCCUACAGCCUAAAAAAAUUAAAACAAACAAACAAACAAAACCUAAAAAAAAAAAAAAUAUUCGUUUCAGGUAUCUCAUAUUAAAUUGUGUAAGUGUGACAGUGAAGAAAGAAGACCAGGUCACACUGAUGUCCUCUAUCUGGGUAUAUAGUGAACUAAAUUUAAAAGUAUAUACUAAAAUAUUGUUUGUUCAACAAAUCUAAUCCUUUAGAUCAGAUUUGGUUUUGUUGUUAGGAAUCUGAUUUCGAAAUUCUCUCUAAGUAGUGAGUCUUAAGAGUAGUCGGUUCUACCAGACCUAGAUACAUUUAGUAAAUGGAGUUGCAAGUUAGUUUAAGUUAGUAAGUUUAACCUGCACCUUGUUCCCUUUCCAUUGUUAUAUUUUAAUUUUUUUUUCAACUUCCAAAGUUAAAAAAAUGUCCCUGAGCUCUGCUGUAGUGGCGAGAACAGGAGGGGGCUCUGCUGCCCCUCGGUGGGCAUUACUUGGGGAGAAGUGCGUUUCAUUUGACUUAAGUUCCUGCCUUGAGAGCUCAACUAUGUUUUAGAGAGCUCCUAGCUGAACUUGAAGUUCUUUUUUCUUGCACUCUCAUCGCUAAAGCAACCCUGGGUAUUGCUGCGAGGAGACCAAAAGCCAACACCAGUGCCGGGCCAUCGACCCAAAGCAUCGAGUCCAGCGGGACCGCACAGAGCAGAUGGUGACACUGGUGGCCUCCCGGCGUCAAACGCAAACGCGACCAGAGCUCCUUCCCCGCUCCGGAAAGCCGGGGCUGCUUCCAUCAGCCACCCUCAGGAGAAGGAGCCACCGGGGCCACCUCAGCCCGUCCUCCAAACCGCGGGACCACCCGCAGUCCCUCCGCGUCGGCGCCGCCUCCCCUUUCCCGCCAUCGCCCCGCAGGGGAAGCGGCCGCCCCAAUCUCGCGAGAACCGGCGCUGCCGCCGCCGCCAUGGAGCCGCCGGUGCGCGGCCCGCCGGGGCUGUCGGCCGUGCUGGCGAGCACGGACUGGUCGGAGCCCUGGCUGCUGGGGCUGGCGGCCUUCCACCUGCUGUGCUUCCUGCUGACGUGCGCGUCCCUGCAGCACCGCCGGGUGCAGGUCGGGCACUUCCUCUGCAUGGUGGGCUUAGUGUACUGUGCUGAAUACAUCAAUGAAUUAGCAGCCAUGAAUUGGAGGCUCUUUUCUAAAUACCAAUACUUUGAUUCAAGAGGAAUGUUUAUUUCACUUGUAUUUUCAGCGCCACUGCUGGUGAAUACUAUUAUAAUUGUGGUCACCUGGGUUUACAGAACUUUGAAUGUAAUGACUGAACUAAAGAUGCUACAGCAGAGGAGGAAAGCAGAAAAAGAGAAAAAGAAGUGAAAAUGCCAAACUCUAUUUUUUUUUCUUUGUUUGUAUUAGCACCUGUCUGGGUAUCAGUCCUUCUGUUUGAGUAUGCAGGAGCAAUAUUUUUGUGUCCAAUGUUAAGAGGACUUUGUAAUUGCAGCUGUGGACAUGGAGGUGAAAGCAGGUAUCUACAGUACAUUUAAAUUGGAGGCGAAAUUAUGAAACCCAGUCUUAACAAGCCUUUGUGUCCUUCAGUGUAAGAUUGUUUUCCUCCAUGACCACAGCUUUUACUAUUGAUGUGACACAGUCUUCCACUUUCCAUUGGCCUGUGUAUUUUUUUUACUAUGUCUUUGUUCUGUGCUUAUCAAGUAUAAGUUAUUCUGCUGCUUAAGCCAGUUGGAGCUGUGCUGUGACUUACAGUAAAUGAGAGAUUUUACUCAGAAUAACUCAGGAAUCCAUGCUUCUGUGAAGCACUUCACUUCUUUCUAAAUCAAGUUUUAUACUUCCUAUGUGUAUUGUGUGCCAGUGGCAUUUUAUAAAUAAAACUAUCCAUUCACUGUAUCUUAAA